GUUAUGAAAUCAAAUAAAGUAGUAUAUGGAGUAUAAAUCAGUCAUGGUGAUAGGUAAGCAAUAAUGUAGACAGUUGUAGUAUCUCCCUUCAAAGCACUUACAGUGUGGUGGAGGAGAAUGUCCAACCAGUCAUUUUGCAAAUAAUUAUUUAACAUUUUGUGAGCUAAGUACUAAGAAAAAAAGUAUAGGGAGACUGAGACUAGGCUCAGAGAAAGCUGCUCUGGGGAAGAGAAAUUUAAGGGAGACUUAUCAGUGGAAGGGACUGUGGGAGCCCACUCCAAGCAAAUGAGGAAUAGAAUUUGCAAAGGCUCUUAAGUUUUGAAGAACCUUAAGAAUCCUUGGUCACCAAAAAAAAGCAGUCUGACUAGCAAAGAGCACCUUUUAGCCUUCACAAUAGUCCUGUGAGUUAAUUCCAUUUUAUAGACAGGAAAACUGAAGCUUAGAGUAGUUUGGUGAGUUGUAUAGGGUCUUACUGUUUGUAAAUGGCAGAUUCUUAUUUUGAACCCAAGUUGGCCAGCCUGACUCCAACAUCCUUGUUCUCUCUACUCUGCCAUUCUUUCUCUGAGUCACUUAGCUCAGAGGUAUUGUGCUCCCAAACACAUCUCUCUCUUGUUAUUUCUCAAAAGGCUUAGCAGCUCUCCUUCUGGCUUAUUGUUAAGCCAACAACGAUCAGGUUCUUUCCUUAUACUACUAAGGUAAUAAGGUUUAACUCUUACAGGUUAUAUCUCUUACUUGUAUUCUGUAGAACUCCAGGGAUCCUAAAAGUUUUUCAAGGGUAGGAAUUUUGUAGAUUUUGGGACUGAUAUGAAACUGCAGUGUUGUUUGUAGCCUCUUAUUUAAAAAUAGCCUCAUGGUGCUCAUGGGGUGCUUUCAUAGUGCCAACAUUUCCAUCAUCCUCUCUGCCCUAUCCGCAAGACACUCCACAUAAACAAAAACCUGAGUAAUAAAUAGUAUGCUUCUGCUGUUGCCUCUGCCUACUCUCUCCUGUAUAGAAAUCCUAAUGCCACCACGAAUAAUGCAUUUUAUUGGAAGAAUGCAAAUUUAAAGGAUUCCAUUGCUUUAAAAGUUUGAAAAACACUAUCCUAGUUUGUGUGAAGUUCAUGGGAAAUAUUUCCUAAAUGGGAAAAUUUUCUGAUUCUCCAUAUCUGUUUAUCUCUUACUACCUGCAUUGACUCCCCCAAACAUUUUUCCUAGAGGGAAAAAAAUUCCUGAAAAAUAAAUUUAUUUCAGACUCAGUGUCAUUGUUUUAUGUUUUUUGUCAUAAGAAGAGAUAUUUUAAUGCAGAUACCUAGUUAAAUAUUUUAUUGUCAGAGUUUACUGAGCAGUUUUUUCUAAGCAAUCUGUUAACCUCAGUUUUUCUUACCCUCUUAAAAGGCACUGCAUAAAUUUGAGGGAGGACUAUUUUUAGGCCUUGUCUUGUUUUAACUAACUAAUCUUGCUUUUCUUGGAAUUUGUGAAGUUUGUUGUAAAGUAAUUCAUAGUUCUGGGUAGACAGAGGUUGAUGCUUUAUCCUGAUUGUCCUAAAUUUUUGUAUUCUUUGUUUACAGAGGGUUUCACAUGGUAGAACCUGAUUUACUUGAAAUGCGAAGUAAUAAAUUGAUUCCCUCCACCACCCCUCUUUGUCCUCUGUUUUAUGUGAAACACCGACUGAAGUGAAUGUUUGCCCUAUGAAUUUCUCUCCAUUUUAAAAGUACCCAGAGACGCACAUUUUAGGGGCUCAUGCUAGAAUACUUUGUCAUUAUCGUCACACCAAUCUUUCCUUUCACGUUGCCUAAACACAGCUGAGUUGGUAAGAGGAGCAAAGACAACAAGAUAGCGCUGCCAAGUAGAAGGGAAGCUGUAGUGGACCCAACGAGCAGGGGCGGCGGAGCACACCCUCCAUCCAAUCAGCUGUGAGUGCUGUUGCUAUGUGCGCUCGUACUCUGCUGCCUUUGUGAAAAACCUUACACAGAGCGAAGCGAAAUCAGCACCCACGGCUGAACAUUUGUUUUAACCACUGCAGACAUCUGGAUCCCUCAGUUACUGACUGUAUAGCUAUUGACAGCCAGAAGGCAACUUCUUUUGUACAAGGAUUCCAGUAUGGUUUUCAGUGGAAACAAAGGGCUUCACAGAGAAGAUACUCUGGAUGAAUAUUUUGAGUAUGAUGCAGAGGAAUUCUUGGUCUCUCUGGCCUUGUUAAUAACAGAAGGACGAACACCUGAAUGUUCUGUUAAAGGUCGAACAGAAAGUUUCCAUUGUCCUCCAGCACAGUCCUGUUACCCAGUAACUACAAAACAUGAAUGUAGUGACAAGCUGGCCCAGUGUCGCCAAGCCAGACGAACUAGGUCUGAGGUCGCCUUGUUGUGGAAGAAUAACCUUCCAAUCAUGGUGGAAGUGAUGCUACUACCAGACUGCUGCUACAGUGAUGAUGGGCCCACCACCGAAGGAAUUGAUCUGAAUGAUCCUGCUAUUAAACAAGAUGCAUUAUUAUUAGAAAGAUGGAUAUUGGAGCCAGUUCCUAGACAGAGUGGUGAUCGAUUUAUUGAAGAGAAGACUCUCCUGUUGGCUGUCCGCUCAUUUGUGUUUUUUUCUCAAUUAAGUGCUUGGCUGAGUGUUUCUCAUGGUGCUACUCCACGAAAUAUUCUUUACAGAAUCAGUGCUGCUGAUGUAGACCUACAGUGGAAUUUCUCACAGACUCCAAUUGAACAUGUGUUUCCUGUUCCCAAUGUUUCUCACAAUGUGGCCUUGAAAGUCAGCGUUCAGUCCCUGCCCAGACAAUCUAAUUAUCCAGUUUUGGCCUGUAGUAUUCACACUAAUAUUGGCCUUUAUGAGAAAAGAAUUCAAGAACAUGAACUUAAAACCCAUCAGCACCGAAAUUCUACAGAAGCAGAUCACUGUAGUACAGACAGUUCACAGCGUGUUUGCAGCAAACAAACUUGGACCAUGGCACCUGAAAGCAUAAUAUUACAUGCAAAAAAUGGCACAACUCCAGAAUAUAAUGCAGCUGUCAAAAAUGUCAAGCUAUAUCCAGGCACUGGCAGUAAAUCUGACUAUGGAACAUCUCAAGGCAAUAUUUUGGGCUUCAGUAGUAUAGGAGAGAAAAAGUCACAUGAAACAUCAGUGAGAACUUUAAAAUCAUUUUCAGUGGUUGAUUCCAGUGACUCUAGUCGCCAGAGUUCCUGGCAGUCAGUUGGUGAAACUAAUCCUUUAAUAGGCUCUUUAAUUCAGGACCGGCAAGAAGUUAUCGCAAGAAUAGCUCAGCAUUUGAUUCAUUGUGAUCCAAGUACUUCCCAUAUUUCUGGACAUCCACUUAAUAUACAAGAAUCUAGUUCACUUAAUUCAAAACUUCUCCGUGUUUCACAAGAAAAUGAAAGUGUAAGAAGAUGUAAAGAAACAUUCUCUGUCUCUUUUGGCAGUCCAGAGCUCACCUCUUCAGAAGACACCAGUGAAGGGAAGAUUCGAGUAAAACCAGAAACUCCUCAAAAUGGCACUUGCAUCUCUAAUGGUCUUCAUUCUCGUCAGUCUGUUGGUGAGUCUAAUCCUUUGAUAAGCUCUUUACUCCAAGGACGGCAAGAUAUCAUUGCAAGGAUUGCUCAACACUUGGAGCAUAUUGAUCCAAUGGCAUCUCACAUGCCCCGGCAAUCAUUCAAUAUGCAGGACUCCAGUUCAGUUCCUUCUAAAGUAUUUAGGAGUUCCUAUGAAGACAAAAAUUUAUUGAAGAAAAACAAGGAUGACAUCUCUGUUUCCAUUUCUAAUACAAAAUUUUCCUUGUUAGAUGACAUCAGUGAAGGGAAAAACUUAAUAUCUAACAAAUAUUUUAGUUCUUUUAAUUGCAACAGUAAAGUCAAGCCUUCUUUGCAACCUCAAACAAGAAGAAAUCUGUAUAAGGACAAUCCUAGUGAAAUCCGAAGUACAUUUCAGGAGAUACAGAACAAAGCUACUGGUUUAAUGACCCCUUCGAAUAUAUCUCACUGCAGAGAAAACAACUUCGAUUUGACAGUCAGGUUAGAAAACACACCUUCUGAGUGUCAAUUUAAGAAGCAAGAAAUUAGCGAUGAAAUUGAUAAAGAGCAUUCAAAUUGUAAUAGUAUUGACAAACAGAUUUGCACAAAUAAGUAUAAGGACAAAAUAAUAAAUGAAAAUUAUAAUCCAGAAUCUUUUAACAAUCGCCAGUGUGAUAAUUCAAAAAAAAAUGACUUGAAAGUAAAAGUUACUGUGUUGGAAAUGUCUGGAUGUCUGAGUAAAUAUGAAAACGAGUGCUCAAAUAAAGACCCAAAGAGGCCUAAGCCAUGUGAACAAAACACUCACCUUAAUAGUAUAGAAAAUUAUCUUGUUAAAGAUAGUGAAGGUUUCAAAUGCAAAAAGCUAGACCAAUUAAGAAAUGAACAGGAUAAGAAAGAAGAUCCAAUUGAUGAAAACUCUCAAAACUCUUCUCAGAGAAAGAAUUUAAAAGAUUGUUUGUCCACAUGUGAACGACUGAAAAAUAAAGAGGUGUUGCAGAGAACUAUACCACUUAAACAUUCAAGUGUCUGGCAGAAACAUAAUUUUCAUUCCUUGGAUGGAACCUCAACCAGAGCCUUUCAUCCUCGAACUGGAUUGCCUCUUCUUUCCAGUCCUGUUCCUCAAAGAAAGGCACAAUCAGGUUGCUUUGAUCUGGAUUCUUCAUUCCUGCAUCUGAAAAGCUUAUCAUCUAGAAGUCCUCAACCAUGUUUAAACAUUGAAGAUGAUCCAGAUAUUCAUGAAAAACCACUUCUGAGUUCUAGUGCUCCACCUGUAACAAGUCUUAGUCUCUUAGGAAAUUUUGAGGAAUCUGUCUUGAACUAUCGUUUAGAUCCUCUCGGCAUUGUUGAUGGCUUUACUGCAGAGGUAGGGGCAAGUGGUGUCUUCUGCCCCACCCAUUUGACUCUUCCAGUUGAAGUGUCAUUCUACAGUGUUUCUGACGAUAACGCUCCCUCUCCUUAUAUGGGUGUGAUUACUUUAGAGUCCCUUGGUAAAAGGGGUUAUCGAGUACCUCCUUCAGGAACAAUACAAGUGACCUUAUUUAAUCCUAAUAAGACUGUGGUGAAGAUGUUUGUUGUGAUAUAUGACUUGCGAGAUAUGCCAGCCAAUCAUCAGACAUUCCUACGACAAAGAACUUUUUCUGUACCUGUUAAACAAGAAAUGAAAAGAAGUGUUAAUAAAGAGAACAUCCGACAUACAGAAGAACGGUUAUUACGCUACCUCAUACAUCUGAGGUUCCAGAGUUCUAAAUCUGGAAAGAUCUACCUCCAUAGAGAUGUACGGCUCCUGUUCUCUAGAAAGUCAAUGGAAGUUGAUAGCGGUGCUGCAUAUGAACUCAAAUCUUACACUGAAUCGCCAACAAACCCUCAGUUUUCACCAAGAUGUUGAUAAAGAGUGACAGCUUAAAGUAUUUGCCCAGUACCCAAGUUUGAAAGUAAAAAUUAGCAUAGAAAGGAGUGUACCAAAUUAACAAGCAGGAGAGUGGAUCUUCUCCUGUUUUCCUGGACCAGUUUUUAAUCAAAGGAUUCCUGGAAUGAGAUCUACAUAUUCCAAGUAGACUGGAAACACUCAUGUCCUAAUCCUUUUUGUACUGUUGAAACCACUUCAUUGGACGUGUUGCAAUAGCAAACCCCCUCCCUCCCACAAUUAGAUUAGUGUUUACACUUUUUAUUUCUCAGUUAUUUAAUAUUUAAUGUUUUCCUUAAUACUCAAGUGAUGUUUGUCUCUAGUGUUCUAAUGUAGCACAAAUCCUAUGUAAAAUCAUACUGUGUAUUUUUGACAUUACUGUUGAAAUCUGAAAUAUAUGCACAAGUCUUUUAAUUUUGUGUGAUGUGUUUUAAGUACUAUUCAUUUAAAUUAUUGAAAAUGAGAAUGAAAUGUUGAGCUUCUUUAAGAUUAACGCACUAUGCAAGCAUGUGUACUUUUCAUAUCUCCCAGGUUCAGUUUUUAUAACACCUCAUCCCGAUUGCCGUCUCACAACAGUAGUCCCGUACCACGCUGUCUUGGCAGUGCAAUGCAGACUAAGCUGCUUCACAUUCCCUUUGCAAUCUCAGAUCAUCAUGCCCAUUCAUAUUCCUUCUAAAAUCUCUUACCCCCAAAACAGUUCUAUUUUUUCCUUAAUCACCACUACAGAGGAUUUACCUUAAAUUGCUGUCCCAUUCUAGAUAAUUUUUGCAAAUUGUUAAAAGAAUAUGUACUUUGAAGACAAAUUAGUAUUUAUAUUGUAAAUAUAUGCAAGAAACAAAGAAA